AUGAUGACCAAUAGCUGGAGCAUCCUACUCCCCUCCUUCCUUUUUACGACGGCAUAUGCAGCAAUAUACAAUGAUUGUGGUUCUGGCGAUUAUUACUCAAGUUUCCCCACCGAUGUGACGUCUUGGAGUCAAGAAGAAGCAAGAUCCAAUGUGGCUGCCCUGUCCAAGUCGAAGCAUCGCAAUGUGGUUCCAAACAUUGUGGUUCCGCUAGGCGAAAAUGACAUCUUUGAAGCACUCAUGGCUUUGGAUAAUGGGAGCAUGUACGGCAUGGCCAACAGCACUGUCAGGCUCCUCUUCUCCAUCGAUGAGUUUGUGCCUGCGAUUCCAUUUAGCGGAACAGGCUGGCAGAAGGAAUGGAUUUGGCCACGUCGAAGGGCCAUUUGCGAGAAUUCUUUAGACUGCGUUGGAAAAGAUUUGAGUGAUUUGCACAACGUUCGACCGACGUCUCAGCUGAGUAAACUCGUCAGAGAUUCCAAGUAUUUUGCAAGUUGCGAUCUCUUGAAUCACGGUGGAGGUUGCAUGUCUCCAGCUGAAGAUGGGUCCAAUACCACAUGUAGUUGCAAUCGUGCAUAUCAACCACCUGAAAGUCAACGAGGAGAAAUAGCCAGAAUUCUCAUGUACAUGGAUGUUCGAUAUGAUGGAACCGAGGAGGAUUCCGAAGAUCUGAGGCUGGCCGAUUGUCCAUUCAAUGCUCCUUAUGACUUUGCCUAUCUCAGUCAAAUGAUCAAGUGGCACAAUCAAUAUCCACCAAGCGAACAAGAAAAGAUGCGAAACGAACUUGUAUGUACUGAUUAUCAAGGAAACAGGAACCCGUUUGUCGACUAUCCCGCACUAGUGUCCGUCAUUUUUGGAGAACCAUUGCCCGAUCCAGCAGCUGGUCGUGAGAACUAUGAAGUCUGCGACGAACUCACGACUAGCUCUCCAACCUUUGCACCAAAUGAAUGCGACAUGAUUGCCCCUGGAGACAUUGUCUUUUUCAUGGUCAAUUCGGAUGGUGGACCUGACGAAGUUGCCUUUUGGAAUUAUGAAGAAAUACCCGGUGAACUGGAAUUAUUUCUUACGGACAGACCGUGGGAUGGAAGUAGCUUUAUUGGUGGAGCCAACAAUGAAGAAGGAACUAUCAAGCUCGUGGUUCCGAGCGAGGGAAUUGAUGGUGAGACUAUUAUUGGAUUUGGUGCUGGUAAACUAGGAGGUAGCUGGGCCCCUGAAGAAGGGACAUUUUCACUGGCUCCGAAUGGAGAACAAAUCUUUCUCUACUGCAUGGGUGCUCUCGGUGGCCCGGUACCUCUCGCAUCUAUAGCAUAUGGCCCCACAGCGUCACAAAAUACCGUGGCCGAUCGUCUCAAAGAUCGAGGCGCUGUUAUCAUUGAGGGACCAUUUCCUAAUUGGAUCUACAAUGGGCCUACUGAUACUUUGGAAAAGCUUCAGUUGCAAGAAGCGUCGAAGGAUCCUGCCAAUUGGAACGGUGGUGAAGGACGAGCCACACUUACAUCGUCGGCUAACUCAGUGGGUCUGACGUUUGCCUUCCUUGGGCUGUUUGCUGGCGCAGUCUUAAUAUAG